GUGCAGAAUCAGAUGGAGUUCCCUUUUGGAUAUGGCUUACAUCUUGAAAACUAUAGUGCUUCCUCCGGACACUAUCCACAAGUGCCCCAUGAAGCUGUCCCCUCACAGUUGGAUAACCAGUAUGUUGCUGAUUACCACUCUGCAUGCUAUUCUAUACCAGUUCAAAGUGUCAUGACACCUUCUGUGGGUCCCAGCAUGUUGAACACACAGCAGUUAUACAGUGGGGCUCCUCAUCCUGUGGAGUCAGCUGGAGGACUUACCCAAGGAGCAAUAUCAUCUGCAUCCUAUUUACAUACAAGUGUUCCACAGUCGUAUUCUGCAUUGAGUAGUCACUAUAGUUCUUCAACUAGCUCUUCAGUGGCAUCUCAAGGAUUUUCCCUUUCUUCUGGUCAUUAUGCCAUGCCUACCAUCUCUAGUGCUCUAUAUCCUAAUCUUUCCUAUCCUUCCAUGUCUGUUGGUAGUCCAUAUGGGCAGGUAUUUACUUCCCAGAGUCUUCCAGCUGUUGGACAGUUCAAAGAGACUAAUACCUUUCCUAAUCAAAGUUCAGCUGUACCUCGUACACUGCAACAGCAAAUUACUUUGGGAUAUAAUUCUACAUCAUGGUCCACCUCAGAUUUUCAGUCAGCUCAAGACAACUUCAGCAGGAAUAACACUGGAUCCCUGGCUAAAGCAAGCAGCCAAAUAAAUACAGGCUUCAUGAGCCAUGGGAAGUGAUGGAGCUGUACACCAUGCCCUGGAGAUUGCUAGGAGCCGGGCAGGGAAGAUGUUCCCAGAACCCCUGGCCAAGCUACAUGUCCGAUGGGGAUGGGUACCAGUCCUACUGCACCGUCUGCUGCUAAGGCAAGGAGCUGCUGCUGUGUAGCAAUGCCAGGUGCUGUAGGCACUUCUGUGUUGGAUGCUUGGAGGUCCUGGUAGGGCAAGGUAUGUCAGCCAAGGCAAAAGAGCAAGAGCCCUGGAGCUGUUACAUGUGUCAACCACAGAAGUUCUAUUGGGUGUUACAGCACUGACUGGACUGGAAUGUACGGCUGCAAGAUUUCUUCACCAGCGACAAAUUACAGGAAUAUGAUGCACCUAAAAUCUUAAAAGGCCUGCACGUUUCCUAGAG